UUGUAAAUACUAACCUUACAAUUUCAGCAACGCAAAAAAUGAACAAUAGUAAGUAAACGACAACAUUACCGAUCCCACAAUAAACACACCUUCUCGAAUACGAAGCCACAGCCGAGGCGCAGGGUUGAGACGCGGAUCCAUCGACAUCCCGUGGAGUAGGAGAUAUACAACACCAUGCCCGCAGUACCAGCAGGGAACUACUACCAGCAGGGUCAAGGGCCCAGCUGUUGGGAUCGUGUCAAGCUUGGGUUUAUGAUGGGUUUCUCAGUCGGUAUGGCAACAGGGGCCCUGUUUGGUGGUUUCACAGCUCUUAGAUAUGGUCUGCGUGGCAGGGAACUAAUGAAUAACGUAGGGAAGGUUAUGUUGCAGUCAGGUGGAACUUUUGGUACCUUUAUGUCCAUUGGAGCUGGAAUCAGAUGUUAGCAAACCUGCCCUAGAUUUUUCAUGUGUUCUUCAUUUAACCUGAUGUAGCUAUGAUGUUUUCUUUUGACUUUAUAUGGAGUAUUGAAUAAGCUCUCCAUGCAAAGUGUGGUUCGCAGGGCAAGAACGAGCAAGCAGAUAGCUCAUUUCUGUAUGAUUGAUUGGGGAAAACAUUGGCAUAUAAGUGGGACUGCUUCAUGUAACAAAUGAUUCAGAUGUACUUUCAUAUUUACCCAUCAUUAUCAUUUACUCAAAUAACAAAUUUGUCUUAUUUUGUUUUUUUUUACAGAAAUUAUAAAGCCUUGUUAUAUUUUCAAAUAUACAAGACAUAACCCUACUUAGGUCUUGGAAGUAUUUUGUCUCACUUUCAUUAGUCAUAUGUCAAUCAUUUAUUUGGACAGUCCUUCAAAUUCAGGUACAACGUCUUAACAGGGGUCUCAUUAUGUGGGAAUAUUAUCUUUAUGUCAAGAGCUUAAGAGAUUACUGUUGUGUUCUCAUUGGGUUUUAUUUAAGAUUGAUGAUAAAACUUGUAAGCAUAGCAUAACACUAUUAUAGUGGUUAUUACUAUGCUCUGAUUUGAUUGCAUCCUUUUUGAGGGAGUUCUCCUUCAACACUGGCAAUGCCAUUGUGUAAAUAAAAAGUAAAUAGCAGUUGCUUCAGCGGAUUAUAUAUAUAUAAUAGGUACUAUCAUUUGGAAUAUGUAAAAUAGGAUUAUGAAUAAACUGUCUUGUAUAUAAAAAAAA